CCGGUUACUGGCUUUGCGGAGUUAUGCAAUGUUCUUCUUCAAAAGACGCUGCACAUUGUGAGAGUCGGCGUGAAAGAGGGAUGUUUCCGUAAGUGGAAAUGAGCGCGGAGCAAGCGCCUCUGUGCUUGUUUCAUUCGACUACGACGGUGAGCUCGAGUGUCUCGACGUCGUGCUAGACAUUCUCCGCUGUCUGUCAACAGCAAUAUGUACGCACCACAACCAUCUCGACCGUCGUCAGCCUUCAUCCCGGACAUGGAGCAACAACCAUCAGCCAGCUACUCCAGGGAGUACUUGGAUCAACGACCGCAGUCUCAAUACUCCAACUCUCCAUACCCUUCACGACCCUCUCGUUCUCGCUCAAGACCCUCGCUUAGCCCCGCUGUAGACCAGCAAUACGACUACGACGGCCCUAUGAACGGCGCGGAACCGCCUUCUCCACCUGACGGUGACGACUUCUACACCGGCUCACAAUCCAACUUCCACGACCAGCCGUUUAUACCCUCAUCUCAUUCUGUUGCAUCGCAGUCAAUACGUGCACCUUCCCCUCCUCCUGGUCCUAUUCUCGACCAUUCCCAUCUUCGUCCGGGAAACCAAGCGGCCCUUCUCUCUCAUGAACGUACUCUUGAGCUCUACCGUGCCAAUGCGAAGAAGACUCAGGAUCCCGACCUUCAAUUCGAAUUCGGAGUCUUUCUGAUUGAUGCCUCAAAAACCAUGCCAAUACCUACACCUACACCGGGCAACGUCAUGGAGGUUGAGAAGGCUAUACAGAAACGCGAGGAUCUCAUAAAGGAAGCCAUGGCGUUGCUUAAACGUAAUGCGGAUCGGGGGCAUAUGCCGUCUCAGUAUUUCCUCGCAGACUGCUAUGCCAAUGGUAUUGGCACCCACAAGAAUCGACAAGACUUCGAUCGCGCGUUUCCUCUCUUUGUUCUCGCUGCUAAACACGGUCAUCCCGACGCGGCCUAUCGUGCGGGGACGUGUUGUGAGAAUGGUUGGGGUUGUAGACGAGAGUCUGCCAAGGCCGUUCAGUUCUUUCGCAAAGCUGCCGCUGCCCUGCAUCCCGGCGCAAUGUAUCGAUUGGGUAUUGCAGAACUGAAUGGGGAGCUGGGGCUAUCGAAGAGCCCCAAGGAAGGUGUGAAGUGGUUAAAGCGCUCAGCGGAACAUGCUACUGCCGAAUUCCCUCAUGCCCUCCAUGAACUCGCGCUCUUACAUGAACGCGGUAUCGACAAUGUUCUCUUUGUUGACUACGAGUAUGCAGCGGAACUGCUUGCUCAAGCGGCUGAGCUCGGUUACGCGCCGAGUGCCUAUCGUCUAGGCGAAUGCUACGAGUAUGGGAAGAUGGGUUGCCCGCAGGAUCCCGCGUUAUCCAUCCACUAUUAUAACAUUGCCGCGCAACAGAACCACCGUGAUGCGUGUUUUGCGCUCACGGCCUGGUAUCUCGUUGGUUCACCAGGCGUCUUACCUCAGUCGGAUACGGAAGCAUUCUUAUGGGCCAAGAAGGCUGCUGAAGCCGGCCUAGUCAAAGCAAUGUACGCUGUCGGAUACUUCCUGGAGGUUGGGAUCGGCACAGAACCCAACAUGUCUGAAGCAAUAUCGUGGUACAAACGCGCAGCGGAGUUGGGUGACAAGCGAGCCGCUCAACGUCUCAAAUCUUCAACAAGUUCGCCUAUACCUCAACCUGGCGGGCCAGGUGCCGUACUUCAUCGUGACAGUAACGGAAGUGGAGAGCUAUCGGGUGGGAGAGGUGGAAAGGACAAAGACUGCAUCAUCAUGUGAUAUGUGUGACGGAAUUUGUGGACCAUGUUGGAGCAAUAGACGCAACGAUGUCAGUACGCCUACAGCUUGAUAAUACGCAGUGAAGGAUGUCUUCGUUGUGGCACACGUUAGGGUUGGGUGACGAGUGCUCCAUGGGAUGCAGAAUACGGGUCAGGGUACUCGUUGAGGCAAGUUCUUGGAUAAAAGCUGCAUGCAUGUGGUCGCCUGGAAAGAAAGUGAGGAGAGGUGUAACCUCUGGCAAUGCUGGCAGCUGUGCAGGCCAUAUUUCCCAUCCCACCUUCACGCUCUGAUCUUUUCUGUGGGCUUUGUACUGUUCCAGUCUCGUUCUGCUGUCUCCCAGGGCAGGAUGAAUGGAGACUAUUUGAAUAGUUUUUAUGAGUCCUUACAUUGGGCCAGAGGGUGCUUCUCUCACACAACUUUCUCUUUCACUUCCUGCAGAUACAUCAUUGCCUUCCAUCUGUCACCGCUGUCCCGCUCGUCUCCGUACGUGCAAGGGCUUGGUGUUAAUUAUCCUCUAUCGACAUCAUACCGGCUCAGCUCUCUCAAUUUGACUUUUACGGGUGACUGUCACUUGAGAGCUCAUGGCUUUGUCUUUCUCUGCAUUUAUACAGAAAAAUGUAUUAGAAUCAGGGUUAGGAAGCUGUCAGGGAUUAGGGCAAAGUGGACAAGCAUCUGUGGAGGGAAAGCCUAACCUGGUUGAUAUAGAGGAUAAAGGAGUUGAGUAGUUACGAAGUACGCAUGCAGAUUUUGUUGAAGUGCAGAGAUGAUGAUGAGAUAUAUGGUAAGAUGAAGCAGAGAUAUGAAAUUGGUCGAGUAUGCAGGAUGGGAGAAGAGGUUGAUGUGAAGUAUGCAUGCAGAUUUUGUUCAGUGUAUGAGUCAAAGUAAA